CCAAGACUUCUUCAUCACCCUUUUUCUUCUUUCAUUUUCAACGCUUUGGUUUUGUCGGUGCAAUAAAAUUGAUAGUAAUUUCCAAUGCAAAGCCUUCGCCGUUUCGACCACGUAACCAUGUUUUCCAUGCAACAUGUACUACUACCAUCCCUUCUUUGAUUAUGCCACUAGGCGGCACAACAUUUCACAUCCCGCCUCGCACGGCGUUUGCUUCUCAAUAAAUCCCUGGUCGGAUUAAAUUAAUCACCGCACGAGCGGGUCACCGGCAAACACGAAAUGAAACAAAUAAUUAAUCAAUUAUUAGUAUUAUUAGUAAUAUUCUCAUCGAUCGAUACAGGUAGGAGUUAAUGUGAUGGAAGUUCUAUGUACUCCAUUUUUUUUUCCUUCCUUUUUUGGGUUUGCAUUUUCUUGAUUUUCAGAAUCGUUGAGAUACGGAUAUGUGGCGACGUUUGACGAUGGAGAUGAGGCCUCCGAGUGGGGGCCUCAUCUUUGACCUGUAAAUCAUCUCGUCGUACGGCCUUCUAUAGAACUUCAAAAAUGGCAUGAACGACUCCCGAGAAUUUUGCGUCUUGCUGCUGACGUGGCUCUCCCUUCGGAAGAACAAGGCCGGCGAUUGGAGGAAAGAAGGGCGCGGCGUCUUCGGAUUGCUGGCUAAGCUGCCGGCGUUAGUUGGGCGCUGCGGCAGAGGGGUGGAUGGGAACAAGCUCUUCCUCGCGCUGAGCGGAGUACUCCUGGCGACGGGUGAAGCGAAAGAGAAGGAACGGGCGUUGAGCGGUGAGAUCAAAGCGGGGCCCAGCGGCGACGGACUUGUCGGCCCGACCUUGGAUGCUGACGUGUUCGUCAAGCUCAGAUACCACGGCUUCAGCGAAUCGAAGUGGUGGGAUACACAGAAGGCUGACAGGCAGCAGGGAGGAGUACGAGUAAGGUGAGAAAAGGGAAAUCAUGGCCUCAUGGGGUUCUUUGUUAAGGAAGUCACAGAAACUGUUGAAAUUGACCUAUUCUAGGAAAGAAUAAAAAUCAGGGCAAAUC